GCACCAGCAUUCUCCUAGCCCUGUGUGCAAGCGCACUCUCUGGGUUUUUCACACACAGUCGCCAUGGCAUCCAAGGCCUUCCUCCUCGUUGCCCUCAACCUGCUCCUCUUCGCGGUGGCCAACGCCUGCGGCGGCGGCUGCCCGACGCCGACGCCACCAACGCCGACGCCACCAACGCCAACACCGUCGAGCAAAGGCAAGUGCCCCAAGAACGCCCUCAAGCUCGCGGCGUGCGCCAACGUGGCCGGCCUCGUGAGCGCCAAGGUCGGGCAGCCGCCCGCCGAGCCGUGCUGCAGCCUCCUCGGCGGCCUCGCCGACCUCGAGGCCGCCGCCUGCCUCUGCACCGCCAUCAAGGCCAACGUGCUCGGCAUCAACCUCGACAUCCCUGUCAAGCUCAGCCUCAUUGUCAACUACUGUGGCAAGAACCUCCCCAGCGGUUUCAUAUGCGCUUGAUAACUACGUGAUUACAUGCUUGCAUGCAACGCGCACGCAUGAAUACAGCCAGUUGUUCAUUCGUGAGUGCAUGCUGCAUGCAUCGCAUUUGUUUUCUCCGACUUUUCUUUUGUGUGCUUUCUUUGUCUGUCAGGUGGUUCUGAAUGUAGAACCACGGACGGAUCAACAAUGAUGUGUGCGUCGAGUGUUUGAUUGUGUUUUACCUUUUACUCUUUUUUCAUUCUUCUCUCUAAUGUCUAAUCGUAUGGCUAUGGUGAUUUCUUCUCCAAGGUCCAGGCUAGGAAAUGAACUCUUUGUCUAUUUUGGGUUUUAUGUGGUGUUUAUCUCAUUGUUGUAAUUGCUUGUAGUGGAUUCCAUGGAUUGUAUGUACUGCAAGCACAAGUUUAAUUGUAUGAGCUAGGGUUCAUUUCAGUUA